AUGCCUGUGAUGAAGGGAUUAUUAGCACCGCAGAACACCUUUCUGGACACUAUAGCCACACGGUUUGAUGGCACUCACAGCAACUUCAUCCUGGCCAAUGCACAGGUUUCCAAAGGCUUUCCUAUCGUCUACUGCUCCGAUGGCUUCUGUGAGCUUACAGGCUUCUCCCGGGCCGAGGUCAUGCAGAAGAGUUGUGCCUGUAAGUUCCUAUAUGGGCCAGAGACCAGUGAAAGCAUCAUCCUCGGCAUCGACGAAGCCCUGGAGGAGCGAAAGGAGUUUAAAGAUGAGAUCACGUUCUACAAAAAGACAGCUGUUUUGUUCUGGUGCCUGCUCGACAUUGUGCCAAUUAAGAAUGAAAAGGGAGACGUGGUGCUCUUUCUGGCUUCCUUUAAGGACACCACUGACACUAAAGCCAAAGCCAUCCUAGGGGACAAGAAAGAAGAGCGACGGCGCGGCAGGGUGAAAACAGGAUCUGCAUUCAGCUCGGCUCGUAUGCGGGGAAACACGGUGCUCUACCACAUCUCUGGUCACCUCCACAGCAGAGAGAAGGGCAAGAUUAAACUCAACAAGAACGUGUUUGGGGACCCGCCGGCCCUGCCAGAGUACAAGGUAGCAGAGGCCAAGAAGUCCAAAUGCAUCUUACUUCACUACAGCACGUUCAAAGCUGCUUGGGAUUGGCUGAUUUUACUGGCCACGUUCUACGUUGCUGUGACGGUGCCUUACAACGUGUGUUUCAUCGGGGACGACGACGACCUGACCCGCAGCACGACCGUCAGCGACAUCGCCGUGGAGAUACUCUUCAUCAUAGACAUUGUUUGUAAUUUUCGCACGAGUUACGUCAGCAAGUCGGGCCAGGUGAUCUUUGACGCUCGGCAGAUCUGCAUCCAUUACCUGACCACAUGGUUCAUCAUCGACCUGGUGGCCGCGUUGCCCUUUGACCUGCUCUAUGCCUUCAAAGUCAGCGUGGUGUCAGUGGUCCACCUGUUGAAAACUGUGCGUCUGCUCCGCUUGCUGCGGCUGCUCCAGAAGAUGGACCGCUACUCGCAGCACAGCACGGUGGUGCUCACGCUGCUCAUGUCCAUGUUCGCCCUGUUAGCCCACUGGAUGGCCUGCAUCUGGUACAUCAUCGGCAAGAUGGAGAUGGAGGCCAAUGCGUACAGCUGGGAUAUAGGAUGGCUCCAUGAGUUGGGGAAGCGUCUGGAGUCUCCGUACUAUGCCAUAGGAGUUGUGAACGGGACCAGCAACGGCCCCGCCAUCCGCAGCGUCUACAUCGCCUCGCUCUACUUCACCCUCAGCAGCCUGACCAGCGUGGGCUUUGGCAACGUGUCGGCCAACACCGACAUCGAGAAGAUCUUCUCUAUUUGCGUCAUGCUUAUAGGAGCACUGAUGCAUGCGUUGGUCUUUGGUAAUGUGACGGCCAUUAUCCAGAGGAUAUACUCUCGCUGGUCCCAGUACCACACCAGAACCAAAGACCUCAAGGACUUCAUACGUGUCCAUCACCUGCCGCAGAGCCUGAAGCAGCGAAUGCUGGAGUAUUUUCAGACCACCUGGUCUGUCAACAACGGCAUCGACUGCAACGAGCUGCUGAAGGACUUCCCGGACGAGCUGCGCUCCGACAUCACCAUGCACCUUAACAAGGAGAUCCUGGAGCUGUCGCUGUUCACCUCGGCCAGUCGCGGCUGCCUUCGCUCCUUGUCACUCCACAUCAAGACUUCCUUCUGCGCUCCUGGAGAGUACCUCCUCCGUCAGGGGGAUGCUCUCCAAGCCAUCUUCUUCGUCUGCUCCGGGUCCAUGGAGGUGCUGAAAGACGGCAUGGUGCUGGCCAUCCUGGGUACGAUAAAAGACAGGGAUGGGAUGGAGAGUGUGGUGUUUGUCUGUGUGAAGAAGGAGCAAUAA